AUGUGGAGGACGGACCUGGACGAACAUGCAUUCCACUUGGCCGUGGACAAAGGAACCUUGGACUAUCUUCUUUGCGGGGAGGUGGCGCUGGUGCUCAGCGCACUGCGAAACGUCCGCGCGGCCCUCGCUCCAUGUGGCGUUCUGCUAGUGGUGUCAAUACAUCCACUACCACUGUGGCAGGCCUUGUUCGCCGCACUACGCGAGACGGCACCCGGCCUGGGCUUUGAAGAGUUGAAGACUUGGUCCGUCGAGAACCGAGGUGACCGUGCAACCAGCUGUCUGGCGUUGCGCGCUCCCCCUGCUGGUGGUGUAAUGUCCGGUGCAGAGGAUGCGGUGACGCAAGUGCUGGACAAGCACUUCACAGCUGAGGCGCCGCUUCUCACCCCCCGGUGGCGUGCAGCGCUGCACAAACGCUGGGGCGAUCCGGAGACUCGGCGCGGGCCUGCGGACGCGCAUGCCCUGCUGUUCCCUUCAGCAGCGGAGCAGGCCGAGUAUCCUCUGGAGCUCUUUCUCGAAGAUCUUUCAGCCGGCCGCGACGCUGCAACGGAGGUGUUGCUGUCUUUGGCGGACGCCGAGGAGUUCCUGCGGCAGAACCAAUAG